AUGGACAUGAUGCUCGCGAUGCGAUGGCAUCGCCUACGCACUCAGGACGCCCUCGACAAGGUCCGCGGCCCUCUUCCCCUUGCCGGCCGCUGCACCGCUCGCCACACUGCUGGCGCGCUGGCAUUGCAUCUAGGCCGCGCGAAACUGCAACGGCGGGCUCCCGUGCACCCUUGCCCGAAACCGGCGCACACUGACAGUUCUGGAAUAACGAGUAUGCCCGCGCCAGAGGUCUCGAGCACGCAGGAUGUCUCCCCGGUGCUGAACCGCACACCCACGCACCUUUCCGCAGUCUCGCACAUUCGUCGACUGCGCCCUGCGCAGACGAGCAUGGCGAGCACCCUAGCGGACACGCAGUGA